UACCCAUUGGGCAAGGCACUGCACCCAAAUAUCUGCAAGACUGCAACCAGUCCGAGGAGACCACAUGACCCCCAUAUUCACAGCCUUGCUCUGCCUUGGACUGAGUCUGGACUUCAGGACCCCAGUGCUGGGAGAGAGUCUCCCAAAGCCCACACUCAGGGCUGAGCCAGGCUAUGUGGUUGCCAAAGGGAUGCAGGUGAUCAUGUCGUGUGAGGGAAAACAAGAUGUCAUGGAAUACCAUCUCCAUAAAGACGGAGCUUCAGAUCCCUGGCGCAGAGAGGUCCCACGGUACCCUGGAAACAGGGCUGAGUUUCCUAUCCCAAACACUGGGCAAUAUCAUGCAGGGCUAUAUCACUGUUCCUAUAAGACUCCUGAUGGCAGGUCAGAGCACAGUGAUCCUCUGGUGCUGGUGGUGACAGGAUUCUUCUACAACAAACCCAGCCUCUCAGUACAUAGCCCUGCAGGAGCCCCAGGAGGGAACACGGUCCUCCAGUGUGUCUCAAGAUACCGAUAUGACAGUUUUGUGCUGAGGAAGGAAGGACCACAGGAGCUCUCCUGGACCUUGAACUCACAGUACAUAUACUCCAUAGGGAAGUACCAGGCCCUGUUCUCUGUGGGCCCUGUGUGUACCAGCCAGAGGUGGAGGCUCAGGUGCUUUGGCUAUUACAUGAGGAACCCACACAUGUGGUCAAAACACAGUGACCCCCUGGAGCUGGUGUUCUCAGGGACCACCCGAAAACCCACCAUCUGGGCUGAGCCAGGUUCUGUGGUCACCUCAGAGACUCCUGUGACCAUUUGGUGUCAGGGGACCCUGGAUGCCCAAAAAUAUAUUCUUCAUAAAGAGGGAGACCCAGCACCUUGGAAAAUACAGACCCCACUGGAACCAAGGAAAAAGGCCAAGUUCUCCAUUCAGUCCAUGGCAGAGCAACAUGCAGGGCGAUAUUGUUGUUACUAUGACAGUCCUGCUGGCUGGUCUCAGGGCAGUGACACCCUGGAGCUGGUGGUAACAGCCAUCUACAACAGUAAACCCAUCAUGUCAGCCCUGCCCAGCCCUGUGGUGACCUCAGGAAUGAAGGUGACCCUCCAGUGUGUUUCACAACAUGGAUAUGACAGUUUCAUUCUGACCAACAAAGGAGAACAGAAGCUCUACAGGACACUGGACUCACAACCCUUAUCAAUGGGUCAGUUCCAGGCUCUGUUCCCUGUGGGCUCUGUGACCCCCAGCAGCAAGAGAACCUUCAGAUGUUAUGGUUGUUACAAGAGAAAGCCACAAGUGUGGUCAGAACCCAGUGAUCCGCUGGAAAUACACAUCUCAGGACAGCUCCCUGUCAUAACCUCUCUCUCAGUGACAACAGGGUCCACAGUUUCCUCAGUAUCCCUUGUGGGAAAUAGCACCUCUAACACCGGGCCCAUCCCAAUAGCUG